AGGAAAUUUGACACCUCCCUUCUCUGCAUCUCUCUGUUUUUCCUGAACUUCUUUCUGUUUUUCUGAACUUUUCUCUGUUUUUGCUUCAAUGGCGAAGGAGGAAAAGGAGAUAGUGAUGGAGCUUCUCCCUCUCAUACGAGUGUACAAAGAUGGCACAGUGGAUCGUCUUCUGAGCUCUCCAAACGUCCCAGCCUCUCUCGAAGACCCUGAAACUGGAGUCUCAUCAAAAGACAUAGUAAUAGCAGACAACCCUUUGGUCUCUGCUCGCGUUUUCCUUCCCAAAAACCACAACAAUCCCUCCCACAAACUUCCCAUCUUUGUCUACUUCCACGGCGGCGCCUUCUGCGUUGAAUCGGCUUUCUCCUUUUUCGUCCAUCGUUAUCUCAACAUCUUAGUCUCCCAAGCCAACGUAAUCGCCAUCUCCGUUGACUUCAGACUCCUUCCGCACCACCCUCUUCCUGCAGCCUACGAAGAUGGCUGGACCACUCUCCAGUGGAUCGCUUCCCACGCCACCAAUAACGCCGCCAACCCCGAGCCAUGGUUACUCCAGUACGCCGACUUCAACAAACUUUACGUAGGAGGCGAAACCAGCGGUGCUAACAUCGCACACAACUUGCUUCUUCGUGCAGGGGAGGAGUCUCUGCCUGGGGGUCUCAAGAUAUUCGGUGCAGUACUGAGCUCUCCCUUCUUCUGGGGCUCAAAGCCAAUGGGGUCGGAGCCUGUUGAGGGGCACGAGCAGAGUUUGGCCAUGAAAGUGUGGAGCUUGGCGUGCCCUGAUGCACCUGGUGGAAUCGAUAAUCCCUGGAUCAACCCUUGUGUCACUGGGGCACCCUCUUUGGCUACACUUGCGUGCUCUAAGAUUCUGAUCACCAUCACCGGAAAGGACGAGUUCAAAGACAGAAAUAUUUUGUACCACGACACCAUAAAGGAAAGUGGAUGGAAGGGAGAAGUUGAAUUGUUUGAUGCUGGCGAUGAAGAACAUGCUUUCCAACUCUUCAAGCCUGAAACUGAUAGAGCCAAAGCCAUGAUCAAACACUUGGCUUCGUUUCUGCUCUGAAUAUGUUAUUUUAUUUCCACUUUCUUAUCAUUGAGUUAAGACAAUAAUAUAUGAGAGAUUUUAUUGCCUUUGUUUUAUCUCAAAAAUACA